CAAGACUAGUUAAGAAGAAAGUUGAAAUAUUUGAAAAACAAAACAGAAACAGCAAAAAUGGGGGAAAAAGAGCAAAAACAGAAGUGGAUACUAAUGAUGGGCUUUUUCAUCUACAUCACGAAGCUGAGGUUCGUUUUUUUCUUGCGUCCUUUCAUUUUUCAGUAUGUGGCCCACGCUGGAAAAAGUUUGGACACCCCUGUCUUAAACUGUCAAACACUGAGGCUAUUGAACUCUCCUGCCCAAUAGCGACCCCUGGUGUCGACAAUAACGCAUGACCUCAUUUCGUCUUACAUUACAGUAGUUAUGAUCACGCGUCUGCCUAACCGGGUUAUUAGAACUUUAAAAAUGAUUACAUUAAGUUUUCAAGCCAACAGAUUUUUUCAAAGCCAACAUAAUUUACAAAUUAGAAUUUUUUCAAAAUAUAUACACAUGCAUUGGGAAAUGGCUGUGAUGAUUGAAAAUGGCUUCACCUGUUGCCAGUGUGAGGAGAUCAGUUGGAGCAACAUGUUCCUGCUGCUCUUGCUCGCGUGCACGCUGCCAGUCGGCGCUGUCCUCAGAAAUGACACCCAGCAUGCUAGCAUCAGUCCCGCCACAGGCAACGUUACCUCCGAGACUUUGGUGUCUCAACCAGAAGGCGUGUCCUUGAAUGCAACACAAAAUAUGUCGCUCACCCAAGACCCGCUGAAAGAGCAAGACAGUGCAGAGACGUUAGAAGAUCUUGAAAACGACACGGGAGUCCUGGAGGGGGACAUUUUGACGCAGCCCCAUGAGGACAGAAACGCCGUGAGCGUGGUGUGGUCGGACGCCACUAUGCCUUACACCAUCAGCCACAGCCUGAAACGACAAGAGAAGAACAUCCUCAGCGCCAUGAAGAUGAUCUCUGAUGUCACGUGCAUUCGCUUCAAGAAGCACAGCAACGAGAUGAACUACGUCAAGUUCAAGAAGGGCAGAGGGUGUGCAUCGUUUGUCGGGUGUCGGGGAGGAGCGCAGCCGGUGUAUUACUCCAAGACGUGCAGUGUGGGGAAUCUGUGCCACGAGAUCAUGCACGCGCUGGGUCUGCACCACGAGCACACCCGCAAGGACCGCAACAAGUACAUCACCAUUCAGUGGAACAACAUCAAGCAGGGAAAGAAAAAACACUUCAAGAUGAAACGUGGGAACACCUUUAACCUUCCCUAUGACCUUGAGUCCAUCAUGCACUACGGGAAAUAUUUCUUCAGUGCAAAUGGACGCCCGACGCUGUUGCCCAAGAAACGCAGAGCCCGCAUUGGCCAGAGGACUCACCUCAGCAAGCUGGACGCUCAGAGGCUCAACAAACUCUACCACUGUGCGGCAAGGAGGAGAGACCGUGCAAGAGGCCGUGCAUUUUGAAGAAUGCUUCAAGCAGCUCUCAGAACUCAGUCCCUUCAAGUCAUCAUGUCAACUUGACUAAAGUUGCAAAAUAAAUAAGCUUUGC